AUUUUAAUGUUAACGUGACGUCACAUCAAGGCCCGAAGAUCCAACCUCUGGCAGCUGCGCGGGAAAUUUAAAGUUCUGAUGAGAGUGCUGGUGAUGGUAAGAUUAGUGAGCAGAGCAAUGCCGGCGACUAGCGGAAGGAGUGAAUCAAUCUCCGCAUGAUUUGGCAUAGAGCAAAGGAGAGGUGAACCAUGAACGCUGUGAGAAGUGAUCAAAUUUUCAGCAGGCACCAAGGCAAUGGAGGAAUUUCCCAGAGUCGGAAAGAUUGUCCUGUUAUUGCAAGACCCGCAAACUUCCGUUUGCGCAGUGAUUCCUCAGUUGGAGAAAAUUGGCUGAAAAAUGUCAAUUUCUCUGGGCCGAGCAGUCUCUCUUCCAUGAAGGCUCAUGUUGUUUCUGGCACAGCAGAAACGCUCUUUGACAGCGCAAGAAGCAGAAACGCUCUGAUCAAUUCUGUUAGCAAACCCACUCCUCGUUCAUGCAAUUCCACUCCUGGUAGAAACAGCAGUGUUGGCAGAAACACAACGCCGUCCAGGUCUCCUCGAACACCAAACACAGCCACAAAUGGGGGAAAUGAGACAAAGUGCAUCGUAGCUUUGACUGAGGGUCGAGGAAAAUGCAGGGGAGAAGUUGGAAUCGCGGCUAUUGACGUCUACAGGCCUCAUUUAGUUGUCAGUCAAAUCAGCGACUGCCAAACUUACCAGAAGACUAUGACCAAAAUUAGCAUUCUAAGUCCGGUGGAGAUUCUCCUACCGAACACAUUCUGUGAUGGAAGCACCAGUACAAAGCUCUUCAAUUGUGUCAAAGAUCAAUAUCCGACUAUAACAAUUACCACAGUUCAAAGGAGACACUUUAAUGACGUGCUAGGAAUGGAGCUGAUCAAAAAACUUUGCGUUCCAGAGCUUUCCAGCGUUGAAAUCCUAGUACAAAAUAGAUUUUAUGCACUCUCUGCUGCUGCUGCUUUGCUCAAGUACAUUGAGUUUCUGCAAAACAUCAUCUUUGCGCCAAAGUCGCUCAGUAUUCAGUACCAAGGCUCGCAAAAUACCACCCUCAUAGACAUUGAGACUGCGAAAAGACUUGAGUUGGUGUGUCCUAUGAGGCCAGCCGCAAAUUGGAAGCAGUGUUCCUUGCUGGGAAUUCUGAACAACACUGCUACAAUCGGCGGCUACCGUCUUCUUCGAGCUACCGUCUUGCAGCCCUCAUGUCUCCUUCAGGACAUCGUAGAGCGGCAGGAGUGCGUGCAGGAGUUGGUUGAGAAUCCUACGCUCUUCAGAGCAUUCCAGUGCAUUCUCCCAAAGUUUGCUGAUUGCGAGAGACUCUUGGCUUUGAGCAUGAUGGUUCCUACUUCUGCUCAUAAAUGCGAGAAAAGUGUUGAAUAUCAGCUCAACUAUGCACUCUUGCUAAAGAGUUGCCUGGAGAAUCUGCCUGCGCUCAGAGAAACGCUUGCAAAUGGAGAGCACCCCUUAUUUAUAUCCUUUCUGCAGAGAGUGCGAUCAAAAUCCCUUGAUAACAUCCAAGACUGCAUCAAGAGGCUGCUUCAUGAUGACGCAAAGAGUGUGAAAGGGUACAGUUCCUCCUGUAUCCAAAGGUGCUUUGCCAUCAAAAGUGAGUUGCACGUUCUCUUGGACCUGGCGCGCAAAAAAUACUGCGAGCUUGUGGAUGAGAUCACCUAUGUUGUUAAAAGCUACGCAGAAGAAUUUGGCCUGCCUCUAAAGGUUGGACACAAUGUCAUGAAAGGAUUCCACAUUCAAAUGGCAGUUGGUGGUGCAAACAAGAAGCUCCGCAAUUUUGAACUGCCUAAUAUCUUCAUCCAGGUAAACAAAACAAGGAGCACAUUUACUAUGACUACACAAGCCGUAGUCAACCUGGACAUGAGGAGCAAAGAAAUGCUAAAGGAAAUUCAAUCAAUGAGUGCCACUGUCCUUUCGGAACUUCUUGCUGAGGUGAGACAACACGCGGGUUGCUUGUACCAGAUGUGCGAAGCCAUCUCUCAGAUUGAUAUGAUUUGCGCCAUCACGGCCGCGAGUUCCCUGCCUGGAUUUGUCAAGCCAAAGUUUGGAGGAAAAAUUGCUGUAUGUGCUGGAAAGCAUCCCAUUCUGAACCACAUUGGCCAAAUGGAGCCCAUCCCAAAUGACAUUUUUUCCAGUGAGGAAAAUAAUUUCCACGUAGUGACUGGCCCUAACAUGGCUGGAAAGAGUAUUUACAUCCGUCAAGUGGCACUGCUGCAAAUCAUGGCUCAGAUUGGUUGUUUUGUACCUGCUGAAUCAGCUGAGUUCCGCAUAACCGACCGCAUUUUCUCCAGAAUUGGGUUUGAAGACAGCAUUGAGGGCAAUGCCUCGACAUUUGUUGUGGAGAUGAGAGAGAUGAACUUCAUUCUUCAACAGAUGACUCCAACCUCUUUGAUCAUCAUUGAUGAGCUGUGUCGAGGCACUAGCUCAGAAGAAGGCACGUCGAUUGCUUGGGCUCUAUGCGAGAACCUGCUGAGAAGCCCAGCUUUCACCUUCUUCACCACUCAUUUCUUGUACUUGACCAGACUACAAAACAUGUACUCCAAUGUUAAUAAUCUUUGCCUGGAGGCGAUUGAGAAGCCUUUAUUGAACAGAGGAAACAAUGCAGCUAAUGAUGAAGAGGGUGAGGAAAAGUGGAUCCGCUACACCCAUAAAAUGAUUCCUGGUGUCAUGCAAGUGGAGAAGUACGGAUUGCGGCUGGCAAAAUUAUCUCGCAUGCCAAAAGACGUCACUGAUGACGCUGAUACCAUUUUAUCCCACUUGAUCGCAGUCAGAAAGCCCUUGCCUUCAAUUGAGAAUGGAGAGCAAGCUUCCAUGCUGUACCAGACGUUCCGGUGCAUGCUGAAGGUGAUCGCCGAGAAGUACAUCGAUGACCCUGCAAGCGCCAAAUCCAAGAACCUGCUGCUGACCCACAAGUUUAAAGAGCAGCACCCAAACUGGAGAGAGGAGCUGAUGAUGCCAGGGACCCCACUGCCGACGCCCAGACACUUGGCAACCAAGUCAGCCAGGAUGAGAUUUAUCUCUCCUGUUAUCCAACAGCUGCAUGACGCACAAGAUGCACUUCCAGAAACACCUGUGGUCAUUCCUGACCCAACGCUUUGUGACGUUACUGAUGACAUCACAACUCCGCAGCUUGUUCCCGGAAGCAAAGAAACUCCUAAAGGCAUCCUGAAAAAUCCUAAGCCUCAAAAUCCAGAGAAGCAGACAUUCAAAACGCCAACGAAGCGGCGCGUCUCGUCUCCCCCAAAAUCUUCCUCCUCGUCUGUGGACACCUCUGCUCCUUCUACGCCAUGCAAGUCCUUGACCCCGCUUAAAAUGAAAAUGCGCAAGAUUGAAGAUUAUUUUGUCCGAGUUCAGAAAGAGAACCUUUUACCUCCAGAAAAUGCUGGCUCCAUGAGUGCAGAAUGCGACGAAUCUGAGAAAACGGCAGUAGUUGAGCCCCUGACAGUACCUGAUUGUGAGAGCAAUGCCGAUUUGCAAAUUCAAAUUGAAGAAAUCCAGAAUCAGGUUAUCCACCUCUCUCCUGAUCCUUCUGAGGAAAUACAGCUGUUUGCUGAGUCACAAACUCCAGUGAACCAGGAAGUAGAUGCUCUCUCUGAGCCCCCAGAGGAAUUGGAAGUGGUUGUUGAGCCAAAAACUCCUCCUCCUCCGCAGGAUAUUGAGGUAAAAACUCCUCCACCUCUGCUGCCUGCCUUGCAGAAAGAAGCUGAUAGUCUUGAUGCUCUCCUGAAGAGUGCCAUGAAGCGCAUUAACUUUGCAACUCCAUCGCCAGCGUCAAACACCGUCUCCAGUUUCAGCUUUGGUGCUGCCUCCUUCACGAUGCCAGGGGCUGCAGAGGUGCAACCUGAAAUCGCACCCCUCAAGGACACAUUAAAUGAAAAAGAAGGCGUGACUGAUCUGUUCUCCACUCCUGUUAGUCACAGAUUUGAACUGCAGCCGACGCCAGAAUUCAGUUGCACAAUGUCCUUCAAGGAAUUCAUGGCGCAGCGAGAAAAGCGGAAAAGACGCGGUACCCAGUCAUCCAGCCAAAUGACCAGAUCUCCAGACACGCAGAAAUUCAUGCAGGAAUUCCCUCCUAGCACUCCUCAGCUUAGAGAGGCAUCUCGGACGUUGGAUGAAACAUUAGAGCAGUUGCGAAGAGAAACUCCAUCAAGCGCGAAGAGGCUCUUUGUGGAGGGUGGCUGGGACCAGUCUCAGAAUGCAGAUUGUUUGGCUCUGGAGCUCCUCAUGCCUCCAGAGCCUAGUCCUGUGAUCACCAAAAAGCUGUCUAGUCACUUAUCUCAGCUGUGAGUCUCACGACGAUUGAGUGGUAAUGAUAUUUUAUUUCCAUGUUGACUGAAAAAACUGCACAAUUUAAUUUGAGAUUGUUACGAAUAAAUAACAAACAUUCAUGAAACGAAAA